AUGCCCGCGUUCCGCGAGGAGGGCAUCACGGUAGAUGCGCGCAAACUACACAACGCCGCUAAGGAGAACAACAACAACAAUAACAACAUCAUAAGGAGCAACAAGAACAACGACGAUGACAGUAACAACGGGGAACGCGUAACCCUCACCCUUGAUGAUGUGGAGGAGCUGAACCGCCGCCGCGAGCAGCUGCGCAGCGACGUGGAAACGUCACUCGCACGCAUUGGCGAGAUGCAGACGUGGAUCCGGAGCGCCAACAGCGGCGAGGAGGCGGACGCCGACGCUGCUGCACGCGAACAGCACGAGCACGCGCAGCAGCACCUCACCGCGGCCCGUGCCGCGCUGUCAGCUGUGCCA